CUAGAUAUUUGUUUAAAUCAACAAACUACAUAAUGUCAAGAACAGGGGUAUUAGUAUUGGGACCAGCCGGUUCAGGGAAAUCCACAUUCUGUAAUUCCAUGAUUGCUUAUAUGCAAUCCGUUGGACGUCGUGCUCACAUAGUAAACUUGGAUCCGGCCGCAGAAGCCACUGAAUACGAAUUCACGAUUGAUAUAAGAGACUUGAUAUCUCUUCAGGAUGUCAUGGAAGAAAUGGAUUUGGGUCCUAAUGGAGGAUUAGUUUACUGUUUUGAAUUCUUGUUGAAUAACUUGGACUGGUUGGAUGAAGAAAUAGGUGAUUACAACGAUGAAUACUUGAUCUUUGAUUGUCCUGGACAAAUUGAAUUAUAUACCCAUAUCCCAGUAUUGCCUACAAUUGUUAAACAUUUGCAACAAUCACUCAACUUUAACUUGUGUGCUACGUACUUGUUGGAAUCCCUGUUUAUUGUAGACAAUUCCAAGUUCUUCUCUGGUGCUCUUAGUGCCAUGUCCGCCAUGAUUUUGUUAGAAUUACCUCACAUAAAUAUUUUGUCCAAGGUUGAUUUAGUCAAGAAUGAAUACAGCAAGAAACAACUAAAGAAGUUUUUGAAUCCUGAUCCAUUAUUGCUAGCGAAAGACAGCGAAGAUGACUAUAACCCUAAAUUUGCCAAAUUAAACAAGUUGAUUGCCAAUUUAGUCGAUGAUUUUGGUAUGGUUCAGUUCUUGCCUUUGGAUUGUGCCAAGGAUAGUAAAUCGGUGGAAACCAUUCUUAGUUAUAUAGAUGAUGUCACCCAGUGGAGCGAAAGUCAAGAACCAAAGGAACCAAAUGACGAGUUUGAACUUCCUGAUGAAGAAUAAAGUGUUUAUAGAGAGUAAUAGAAGUAAAUGGUGGUAUAGUCUUUUGUAUAUCCUGCAUAUAAUCACAGUGGUGAAAAUUGAAACUG